UACGAAUUUCUAGGCGAACAACAACAAAAAAGAACACGAAGAAAGCUACUAAUAAUGCGCUCCUUUAAAAAAAGACAACUAUUCAUACACAAUUGGGGUUUGUUUCAUUCCUUGAAACUUGUGCUUCACUUUCUUUCUUCUUCACUCAAUACUCCUCUUUUUCUUUUUCUUCACUCAGUUAGUUCAUCAUCACCAAAAACAUCACUGAUCAGUUUAAUGGCGGGUAAAUUAGGAUCAUUCAGAUACAGUUUUGCAGAGAGGAGAGAGAGAGAAAGAUUACUCCAGUCAAAAGGUCAUGGGUACUCUUCUUCAUUGGGUUUACCCUUUUUAGAGGACCCACUUGAACAACACCAAAAUAUCAAUCAUCAUCAGAAAAACUGCUUAAUUAAAACUUUUGUAAAUUGGUGGAAUGGGUUUGCAGAAUUCACAAAAAAAGCUGUUGAUAUGGGAAAAUCAGAUCCUAGAAAGAUUGUAUUUUCUGCAAAAAUGGGACUUGCUUUGACACUUUUAUCAUUUCUUAUCUUUUUGAAGAAGCCUUUUGAAGAUCUUGGCCGUUACUCUGUUUGGGCUAUUCUCACUGUUGUUGUUGUCUUUGAGUUUAGCAUUGGAGCAACUCUUAGCAAAGGAUUCAACCGUGGAUUGGGGACAUUAUCUGCUGGAGGACUUGCUUUGGGAAUGGCAAUGUUGUCAACUUUUGCUGGUGACUGGGAAGAACUUGUAAUUAUCAUUAGUAUUUUUAUCAUAGGAUUUGUUGCCACAUUUUUGAAGCUAUAUCCUACAAUGAAGCCUUUUGAGUAUGGAUUCAGAGUAUUUUUGCUGACAUAUUGCUUUAUCAUGGUAUCUGGGUAUAGAACAAGAGAAUUUGUCGAAACAGCUGUUACUAGAUUCAUACUUAUCGCACUGGGUGCUGCUGUUGCCUUGUUGAUAAAUACUUGCAUUUACCCAAUAUGGGCUGGGGAGGAUCUGCACAACUUGGUGGUGAAGAACUUCACAAAUGUUGCAGUUUCUUUGGAAGGUGUUGUGAAUGGGUAUCUAAGCUGUGUUGAAUAUACUCGGGUCCCUUCAAAAAUUCUUACUUUUCAAGCUUCUGAUGACCCACUUUAUAGUGGUUAUAGAUCGGCUGUAGAUUCAGCAAGUCAAGAGGAUACUUUGGUAGGUUUUGCUAUCUGGGAACCACCUCAUGGUCCUUACAAAAUGCUUAGAUAUCCAUGGAAAACCUAUACCAAAGUCAGCGGCGCUUUGAGGCAUUGUGCAUUCAUGGUUAUGGCCAUGCAUGGCUGUAUUCUGUCUGAGAUUCAGGCACCUGCUGAAAAAAGACAGGUUUUUCGCAUUGAGCUUCAAAGAGUAGGUAAUGAAGGUGCUAAAGUGUUGCGUGAGCUGGGAAAUAGAAUCAAAAGAAUGGAGAAGUUAGGUCCAGAAGAAGAUAUACUUUAUGAAGUAGACGAGGCAGUAGAAGCAUUACAAAAGAAGAUUGACAGAAGGUCUUAUAUUCUUGUCAACUCAGAGUUUUGGGAAGUUGGGAAUCCUCAGAAUGACCCUGCACAAACUCGAGAUCUGCUGAUAGCGGAUCAUGAAAAUGCAAUAUCAGAAGUGAAGUCAGUCAGUGACUUUGAAGCACUACAUAGAUUGGCGAACCUUGAUGGUGAAAACCUUGGAACCCAGAGGAAGCAGUCAUCUUUGCCUGCUCCAUUGUUAUCCAUUGGUGACGACAAGGAUCCAAAUAAAGAUGAAUCAAAGACUUAUGAGAGUGCAAGUGCUUUAUCUUUAGCAACUUUUGCUUCGCUUCUUAUUGAAUUUGUAGCAAGGCUCCAAAAUCUUGUUGAAUCAUUUAAAGAACUAAGUGAGGAAGCGAAUUUUAAAGAACCUGUUCACUAUCAAAGACCAGAAGUACGAGUGGCUGGUACUUGAUCUGAUCAUAGAGAUUCGUGGUUCUUAAAAGAACCUUUACUUCAGUUUUCCGAGUUUUUGUUUCAUUCACGCCCUAUUUCUAAUUACGGCAUGAUCAGGAAGUUUCUUGCCAAUACGGGACUGUAGAUAGCUAUGAAAGAGUAAUAUUAACUCACCUUUUUGGCUUCAGUCUUCAGUGGUGAUGUCUCUCGUGCAGAUGUUGUGGCAGGAGUGUGUACUUAUUAUGUCUUCAUGUCUGGCAAGUUGAGGAGCAGCAGCAAUGUUGUAAUGCCAAGAAUUUGAUGUUUCUUAUUAGAGUUCAAUCUUGAAGAAUGAAACCUCAGAAAUGCUGGUUGCAAUUGAGGGAUGUUUUGGUGAUUAGGAUCAUGUAUCAAACUGUACAUAUAGGAAACUUAUUCAUGGACAAAAUUGGGAGAUGCUACCAUGCUUGUACAUAAGCUAAAAUUACUCCUCGCACUGAUGUUCAGAAAAGUUUUAACGAAUCAUUUCCAUUGGAUCGA